UGUAUCGAGCACUCAACGUAUUGCCAUGUGAGAGUACCCGAGGAGCUCCUGAAAGACCUGUUGCCAGGACCAGUGACCCUGGUGAUGGAACGCUCAGAGGAGCUCAACAAGGACCUGAACCCCUUUACUCCUCUUGUAGGCAUCCGGAUUCCUGACCAUGCCUUCAUGCAGGACUUGGCCCAGAUGUUUGGGGGACCUCUUGCUCUCACCAGCGCCAACCUCAGCUCCCAGGCCAGUUCUCUGAAUGUCACGGAGUUUCAAGACCUCUGGCCUCAGUUAUCUCUGGUCAUUGAUGGAGGACCAAUUGGGGAUGGCGAGAGCCCUGAGUGUCGCCUUGGCUCAACUGUGGUUGACUUAUCUGUGCCUGGAAAGUUUGGCAUCAUUCGUCCAGGCUGUGCCCUGGAAAGUACUACAACCAUCCUCCAACAGAAGUAUGGGCUGCUCCCCUCACAUGGAUCCUGCUCAUGAAACUAGGGAGGAGGGGGGACCCAAGGACUGGUGCUGGAUACUAUGUGUCUGUUUGUGGGUGGCUGGCAAGGCUUCAUUUGUAGAGGCCCUUGAGCUGUGUCACUAGCCUGACCCAUUAAGCAAUGUGUCUUUCUAAACACCUUAGACCAGGUCUCAGAAGCUGCUGGUUUAUCUUCGCACCUGGAGGAAAAGUUAUAUUUGUUAUCUGUUUUAUGAUAGUUUCAUGUAUCAGCCAAAAGAUGGGUAGAGAGGUUAAGAACAUUCCUAAGGUGGCCUUAUUCUGGUAAGUUUUCUUCUCCUCUCUCCCUCUCUCUCUUCCCUCCCCCUCCCUCACCGCUCUCUCUCUCUUCUCUUCGACUUCUCUCC